UCUCAAGUGCUUCUUCACAAUAUAAAACCACCUUCACUUCAAUUGCUCUCUCAAUCUAAAAUCCUGCAAUAUAUUUCAUCCAUUCGCUUAAAUCACACUACAAUAUCAAGUCUCAAUUGGGUUACUUUUGAUCCUUUAAAUAUCAAAGCAAGAGUUUCUUUGAAGAAGCCUUAUAAAAGAUGUGUUCAGCAGGCAGAACUUGGGCUGUGGCAGCCAGUGUUGGUGUUGUGGAGGCCUUGAAGGAUCAGGGUCUCUGCAGGUGGAAUAAUGCCUUAAGAUCAGCUCAACAUCAAGUGAAAAACAACGUGAGAUCCUUGUCUCAGGCAAAGAAUCUUUGUUCCUCUUCUUCUGCUAUGGUUUCUGGAAGAUCGAAGGAAGAAGCAAAGCAGUCAGAGGAAUCAUUGAGGACAGUCAUGUACCUAAGUUGUUGGGGUCCCAACUAGAGUCACAAGGGCAAUUACAAAACUUUGUGUCUAAUUUGAUUGAACCUUUGCCCUAAGGGAAGGUGGGGCAGAGAUUUCAUGGUCAUGUCCAAAAAUUGCUGUUCUAUUGCGACAGAUUUGGAUGUAAAUUUUGAUGAAUGAAAAAUAUCUGAAUGUGUUAAACCAUUUCAAAAA